AUGGAUAAUAGCGAAAUACGGUUGAAGCCACCGCAAGAAACCUUUGUUGAUGAACCAUGCUCAUUAGAUGACAUCUCUGUUGAUGAAUUAGCGUUUGAUUUGGAACACGGUUUGAAAGACAUUAAUAAAUUGAAUUCUUUCCAUGCAAUAGCCAUAUUUAGUUCUUGUUUGCAAGAUAUAAUUAAGCUACAGGCAGACGAAUUGCUAUUUAAGAAAUUUAGAAAGCAACAAUUGGAAAAACUCCUGGUAGACAUAGAUGUUUUAUUCGGUGAUAGGAAAAAUGUAUGUGAUAAUAGUCUGAGGAUAGCGACGGAGAAAUUACGUAGUCCUUCAGUUUCCCCACCAUUAAAAUUUGCAAAGCUACAUAAUAAUUUUGAGGAAGCCAACGAUGACUUCAUAAAGGAUAUAACACCGGAUUCGUUGUUCAAUGAAGAUAAACUUGGUGAUUUUGCAUCAAAUGGGAAUGUUGGAAGCGAAACUUUAGAUGAUAUCGACCCACCAUUUAUUCCUAUCGAAGAAUUAAUAGAGAUCACAUCGAUUGAAAGAGUCUCUAAACAAAUAACGUCGCAAGAUUCUGACAGACUACGUACUGAAAUAGAGUACCAUCUCGCUAAUAAAGUUAGUAGCCAAAACGCUCUUUUACUAAAAUCGUUUAACUUGGUGAAUAUUCCAACGUUAUCAAUCGAACAAUUUUUAACGAGAAUAAAGACAUAUUCGUCGUCAACAUCGGUUCUGGUAUACAUACAUUCGGUAUAUUUGAUUUUCAAGUUAAGUAUUUUACUUGAUAUUGUUCCUUUAACGGAAUUUAAUGUUCAUCGUUUAAUUUUGGCCCUGAUUAGGUGUCUGACCAAAAAUUUGGAAGACGUAUAUCAAAAGCAGAAAUCAUUUGCUACAGUUGGUGGUGUCAGUGUGAAGGACUUAUUCAAGAUUGAAAUGGGAUUUCUUUAUUUGUGCAACUUUAAGUUGAUAACCGGGGAAGAAAUCCUUAAUACAUACUUGAAAGAAGAGUUUACUGAGUUGAGAAAAUUUUGCAAGGAAAAUAUUAUCAACGAUGAAUAUAAAAAGGAUACCCAAAAUGGUAAUGGAAAUAAUGAUUCGUUUAGUGCUGAAGAUGGUAAAUAG